UUCAAUUCGGUUUCUGAAGAAACGCGCAAGCUGAACGCAAAACUCUGCUGAAACAAAAAUGUGCACUGAGAAGUUCCAAGAAAAUGUGGCACUCCAAUGAACAUAUUGAAAUCAGCUGCAAAGUAAAUGUUACCUAAGUAGCAGGCAUCCCAUGCAAUAUGCAACAAAUGAAACGUAUUAUGAAAUACUAAACAGCAACAAAAGCAAAGUGGAAAUAAUGUAAAUUAAGUGGCGGCAGAAUUUGCAGUUCUUGCCAAAAAUUGUUUUGUGCUUACCAAAGUCAGUUUUUGAAUCAACAGUGUGAAAAUUUCAACAACAACAACAACAACAGAAACAGCAACAAGAAGAGAGAAGAGAGAGAUAUAAGAUACGGAAAUUGAAAGCAACUGAAAACUGAAGCUGAAACUGAACUGGAUUAUUUAAUAAAUACGAAGAUGGACGAUGAGAGCGAUGACAAGGAUGAUACGAAAAGAAAAUCUCGGAAUGCCAGCGAGAAAAAGAGACGCGACCAGUUCAAUUCACUGGUCAAUGAUCUGAGCGCUUUGAUUUCCACAUCGAAUCGCAAAAUGGAUAAAUCGACAGUAUUGAAGUCGACCAUAGCAUUCCUGAAGAAUCAUAAUGAGGCCACAGAUCGUUCGAAGGUUUUUGAGAUACAACAAGACUGGAAGCCCACAUUUCUUACCAACGACGAGUUUACGCAUUUAAUGUUGGAGUCACUGGAUGGUUUCAUCAUAGUAUUUAGCUGCACAGGCACCAUAUUCUAUGCAUCGGAAAGUAUUACCUCACAGCUGGGCUAUUUGCCGCAAGAUCUAUAUAAUAAGUCCAUCUAUGAUCUGGCUUACGAAAUGGAUCAUGAGGCUCUGCUCAACAUAUUCCUGAAUCCCACGCCUGUGAUUGAGCCCCGUCAGACGGACAUCAAUGCCAGCAAUCAGAUCACCUUCUAUACCCAUCUGAAGCGCAGUGGCGUUAAGAAUGUCGACGGCAAUGUCUACGAGCUGAUCAAAUUUGUGGGCUACUUUCGAAACGAUGCCAGCACCAGCGCCUCAUCGAGCUCGGAUAGCCAGAGUAGUCAGACAAUGCCACGAGUCUUUCAGCUGAAUCCGACGGUGGAGGUGGACAAGAAGUUGGUUUUCGUGGGCACGGGACGUAUUCAAACGCCACAGCUGAUACGCGAGAUGAGCAUCAUCGAUCCUACAAGCAACGAGUUUACCUCAAAACACAGCAUGGAGUGGAAAUUUCUGUUUCUGGAUCAUCGAGCCCCACCGAUUAUAGGCUAUAUGCCCUUCGAAGUGCUGGGAACUUCGGGCUAUGAUUACUACCAUUUCGAUGAUCUGGACAGCAUUGUGGCCUGCCACGAGGAGUUGCGUCAAACGGGCGAGGGCAAGUCCUGCUAUUAUCGAUUCCUCACCAAAGGACAGCAAUGGAUUUGGCUGCAAACGGACUAUUAUGUGUCCUACCAUCAGUACAACUCGAAGCCCGACUAUGUGGUGUGCACCCACAAGGUCGUCAGCUACGCCGACGUCAUCAAACAGAGCCACAAGGAGCACAGCAAGUCCAGCAAAGCGCUCGCUUCCACCGCCAGCAGUACGAAGUCAGCUUCGGCCACAGCGACGCUGCGAGAUUUCGAUCUGACCGGCCAAAAUCUGGACAGCACCCUGCUCGGCAAUACGCUGGCCAGUUUGGGCAACGAGGCCAACUCACCGACUGUGGACUCCUCGCCUAUGUGGUCGGGUACGGUGGCAGCACCCGCAUCCAGUUCCUGUCAAAUCAAUCCGCUCAAAACCUCAAGACCCGCCUCCAGUUAUGGUAACAUCAGCUCAACGGGCAUAUCGCCAAAGACCAAACGGAAAUGCUACUUCAACAACAAUCGUGGCAAUGAGUCCGACUCGACAUCAAUAUCGGCGGACUCCGUCACCAGCAGGCAGUCCCUAAUGACGCAUGUGAGCUCGCAAAGUCGACCGCGCACGCAUCAUCAUCACGGCGCGCAUAAUCAUCACCACAACAGCAGUAGCGGUCAACUGCAUCAUCCCCUCCAGCCGCAUCCGCAACAGCAGACGCAUCAGCAGCAGCAGCAACAGUCGCAUCAGCAGCACCAUCUACUGCAACAAAACUCCGCCCAGCCCAAAAUGUUGCCAAUGUUGCCGCUGGCGCCCGCACAAAUCGUGAGCAGCACCGCCUGUCAGCUUCCACAGCCCACUUACCCGCUGACCAGUCCACAGGUGAUGGCACCGACAUUUCUGGAGCCCCCGCAGUACCUUACUGCCAUACCAAUUCAGCCGGUCGUAGGUCCAUUCCCAAUGGCCCCAUUACUGUCGCCACUGCCUGCACAAUCCGAACACCUACCUGGCACUGUGGUUAUGACGCCCACGCAGAGUCAGCUGCAGGACCAGCUGCAGCGAAAACACGACGAGCUGCAGAAGCUUAUCAUGCAGCAGCAGGACGAGCUGCGCAUUGUGUCCGAGCAGUUGCUGCUCGCGCGCUACACCUACCUGCAGCCCGUGGUGCCGAUGGGCUUUGCCGCCAACAACAUGACAAAUGUGGGCAGUGUGAACAGCAGCAAUCAGCAGCGCAACUUUUACUUUGGCAGCAACAACACAGUUGAGCCGCAUUUCAAUCAGUUCGGCUUUGCACUGAACUCCGAGCAGAUGCAGGACCAGCAGAUGAUAAUGCAGCAGCAGCAGAAUCUGCACAAUCAGCAGCAACACAAUUUCCAGCAGCAGCACCAGCAACAGGAACCGAAUCAGCAGCAGCAGCAGCAGCAGCAGCCGAAUCAGCAGCAGCAACAACAACUGCAGAUGCAUCAAUCACAACAACAACAGCAACAACAACAACAGCAGCAGCAGCAGCAGCUUCUGCAACAACAGGCCCAGCAGCAGCAGCAGCAGCAGAGCAACAUGCUGUCGCGAGAGGACAUCGAGGAUAUUGACGCCUUUCUCAAUCUGUCACCCCUGCAGUCCUUGGGCUCGCAGUCGGGCCUAAAUCAGCUCAACAAUGGCAGCAGCAACAACAACAGCCAUGCCGGCCACAACAACAACAAUAAUAAUCAGAGCUACAAUAACGGCAACCGCAACACGACCAACAACAGAAACAUCAACACCAACAACAGCUCAAAUGCCCCUCAAAACACGAACGAGGACUCGCUGCUCUCCUACAUGCAAAUGGCAACCGAAUCGAAUCCGUCGCUCAACUUCCACAUGGGCAUCAGCGAUGAUGGCUCGGAGACACACAGCGAGGAGAACAAAAUGUUGCACAGCACCGCCAAUCAGUUCCAGAAUCAUCAGCAAUUGUUGCAGCAGCAGCAACAACAACAACAGCCCUCGAGCAAUUUCUUCAACACGAAUGCAUUCCAGUCUCUCAACUCCAAUCAGACCGCAAACCAAUUACCAAACGAUCUGGAAAUAGUGCCCUUCCAGAUGUCGCAGGAACAGUCACAGAACCUUUUCAAUUCUCCGCACAGCACGGGCAACAGUCAAAAUUGAGGGGCGCAGCUAAAUAGAAAGCUAAAUGGCUUCAUAUCAAAAUCAAAACCAAUUCCUUAAUGUACAUAUAUAUACAUUGUAAGCCCUUAGUCGUAAUUAGGUCUUAAGGCCUCAGGUCGCACCCUUCAUAUAUCGCAUGCUGAAUCCAUCAACCUCCAUCAGCUUAGCACAUGGCUCUCUCUAUCGUACUUUCCCCGAAAGAACCACUAGUUGUAGAUCUCAACAGACUGAGUAUACUUCUAAUUUAUUUUGUACAUAUUGUACAUACUUGUAUAUUAAUAUAUACUCUCUCCACAUUGGCUUUAAGUUCUCGCAAACAUUGGCGAGCCAUUUGAGUUUCUCAAAGAUAUUCAGCAUUAUCGAGCACUAUCAUCGAUUAUUUAGCCGAAAUAUAAGAAAAUCGCACAUGAAUCUAAAAAGUAUUUUCAGUUGCAUUCUAAGA